GGGAGGGGCGGGUCACGUGAGCGUCCGGAAACCCUGGCUGCCGGGGCGCGGAUGAGGUGGCGGCGGGGACGACGGGCUGCGGGCAGCGGAGCGGAGCGAGCGGAAAGAAGAAGUGAUGUAAAUAAUUCACUGUCCAAACUUUGAGGUCAGAGGUGAGAAGGAAGGUCAGGAAGACUAUGGCCUGGCCAAAUAUUUUUCAAAGAGGAACCCUGUUCUCCCGAUUCAGCCAUCAUCACGUUGUUGUGUUCUUGCUCACCUUCUUCAGUUAUUCGUUGCUCCACGCAUCAAGAAAAACUUUUAGCAAUGUCAAAGUCAGUAUCUCUAAGCAGUGGACCCCAAGUGCUUUUAACAAGUCCAUUAGAUUGCCUGUAGAGAUCUGGAGCAGCAACCAUUUGUUCCCCAGCGCAGAGGAGGCCACUCUUUUCCUUGGAACGCUGGACACCAUUUUCCUCUUCUCUUAUGCUGUGGGCCUUUUCAUCAGUGGAAUUGUUGGAGAUCGGCUUAAUUUACGAUGGGUUCUGUCAUUUGGCAUGUGUUCUUCUGCACUAGUGGUGUUCGUCUUUGGCCCUGUCACAGAAUGGCUGCAUUUCUACAACAAGGGCCUCUACUGCUGUCUGUGGAUUGGGAAUGGCCUGCUGCAGUCUACCGGUUGGCCCUGUGUGGUUGCGGUUAUGGGCAACUGGUUUGGGAAAGCGGGACGAGGAGUUGUUUUUGGUCUCUGGAGUGCCUGUGCAUCAGUGGGCAAUAUUUUGGGAGCAUGCCUAGCUUCUUCUGUUCUGCAAUAUGGUUAUGAGUAUGCCUUUCUGGUGACCGCGGCGGUGCAGUUUGCUGGUGGGAUCAUCAUCUUCUUUGGACUCCUGGUGUCACCAGAAGAAAUUGGUAUCCCAGGUAUUGAGGCAGAAGAAAAUUUUGAAGAAGACUCACACAGGCCAUUAAUUAAUGGUGCCGAAAACGAAGAUGAAUACGAACCUAAUUAUUCCAUUCAAGAAGGCAGCACUACUACCCAAGUCAAGGCAAUCAGCUUUUAUCAGGCCUGUUGUCUUCCUGGAGUUAUACCGUAUUCACUGGCCUAUGCCUGCUUGAAGUUGGUAAAUUACUCCUUCUUCUUCUGGUUGCCCUUUUAUCUGAGUAACAACUUUGGAUGGAAGGAGGCUGAAGCUGACAAGCUGUCCAUUUGGUACGAUGUUGGAGGAAUUAUAGGUGGAACUUUGCAAGGUUUCGUCUCUGACGUAUUACAGAAGAGAGCCCCGGUUUUAGCUCUGAGUCUGCUUCUGGCAGUUGGGUCCCUCGUUGGAUAUAGCCGUUCUCCAAACGAUAAGUCCAUUAACGCACUUCUGAUGGCGGUUACGGGAUUUUUUAUUGGUGGACCUUCUAAUAUGAUUAGCUCUGCUAUUUCUGCGGACCUGGGUCACCAAGAGCUGAUCCAAGGGAGCAGUGAGGCUUUGGCGACCGUCACAGGAAUUGUUGAUGGAACCGGAAGCAUUGGAGCAGCGGUAGGCCAGUAUUUAGUGUCUUUGAUCCAGGACAACCUGGGAUGGAUGUGGGUGUUCUACUUUUUCAUUCUCAUGACAAGUUGUACGAUUCUAUUUAUCUCACCAUUAAUAGUGAGGGAAAUACGCCAUCUUAUGCAAAGACGACAGGCUCACUCACUGAGUGAGUGAGUGGUGCCUGCAGGAGAAAAGAACACUGGGAGACGCAUCAGGACUCUUAUCUCUUUUAAUUCACCCUAUUUGGGCGUUGUCUUAAGAGCUCCAACGAAACCUCAGAUCGGCAAGCCUCUUUCACCUUGUGACGCUGACGAUUGGUGAAGGCUGGGCUGUUUUUCUGCACUACACAAAUUAUCGUGGAUGAUUUUAUUGCUGUCGUUCCAUAAACGGACUGAGUGGCCUAUGAAUCUGCCAGUGUCUGUACUUGGCCUGUUGAGAUUUAUCCUUUUCACCUCAAGUACUGUAUUGGACCUGGACUGGAUUCUCCAGCCUGGAAAGUUGAGUGACCAUGAGACAGUUGCACAUGGUUCGUAUCAGUGACGGCCUCCAUGAAUAGGAAAGGAUCAUUGGAUUUUGCUUUGAUAAUGAGUUUGCAGAGAGCGGCUCAUCUUUGAAGCAUCAAAUCCUGGUCGAGGGCUCAAGCUGGAUCAAGCGUAAGCCUGCCUUGGACAAAGAAUCCCUUUGUUAAACUGUGGUGGGAAAAUCACACUACAUGGUGACUGGCUCAGUCACUCGGUAUCUGAUCUAAAGUUAUUCAGCUCUGGAUGCAGAAAUAUCUUCAAAUUAUUGUCAGCUCAUUCUCUUCUGUCUUCAUUCAAAAUUUACUUCGAUUCCUGGAAGUAUUCAGUCUUCCUUUCAAGGACCAUAAGGUACAUCAUCAGUUGUUGUGAACAUUCCAAGGUGUAGCUCACAACUGAAGUACUCAACCCCAGAUUUGCUGUCUGGGAACGUUAGGAUCCACUAGGAAGCUAAUCUCCUUAGCCCUGUUUUCAGAGAAUUGAUCUCUCUCACGACCGGGUUCCUUGAGUUACCUCAGCAGAAGACUAGAAUUAGAGGAAAAACCUUUUGUCCUAGUAAGUGUUAGGUAUGUGACCUUGAAUCAUAUUAAUGGGUUACUAGGGCCUGAAGACUAGGCAUCUAUUCUUUAGAAGUUUGUAGUGUGUAUGUCUUCAAGGCUGUGAAUUCUAUACUAAUUACCGAUAUGUUAAAGUCAUUCUGUAUAUAUAUAUAUAUAUUUUAAAUUAUGGACACAAACUAGGGGGAAAAUGUGCAAUUUUGAGGGCUGCCUAAUUCACAUUGGGAUAGGGAAUAUUUUUCAGCUUCUUACUUUAUACUGUAAAGUGUGAUGUGUUUAUGGACUUGUUAAUGUUAUUUAAUCAAGCAGAUUUCCAAUCAGUUAAUGGCUCAUUACUGACAAAAAAGGGAAAAUAUGAAACACAGGAAGGGAAAAUAAACUGACUUUUGUAGUAAA